UUUGGUCGUCUUUUCCAAAUAAACACGAAGGAUAUGCAGAUAAGCUCUUUGUCUUUUCGAGAUUUUCCGAAAAAUUGAGUAUGUCAUUACCGUGAAGUGAUUUUUUUUUUGCAUACGCAGUUAAAUUAAUAAUUGUCUAGUUACCUAAUUAAACCCUGUCUUAAUGUUCUGAGUUAGGGCCUGAUAAGUACAUUGUUUAGACAACUAGACCCAUGGGGAGCUUUUCUGAUUAUCCAAUUAAGAAAACCGAUUAUUCGUUGUACGAACGAAAAAACAUAAUUGCCAGUUCGAUGUAUGCCACGCCGAAACAAAUUGAAACUAUUGCAAGCAAGAGUAAGAAUGCUGCUGAAGACGUUUAUGUUCAGGUGGCUAAACCACAAGUACCUCCAAAUGUCGAUGGUGUAGAUUCGUUAGACCCAUUCAGUGUUGGUAAUGGAGUACCCGUCUACGAAAAUGUUGAUCAUUAUCCUGGCAGAGGUGCCCAACAGUGCUAUAACAGGAAGGCUCAGCCACAGGCGCCAAUGAAUAAUAAGCUACAAGACAUUGAAGGGCCCCCUGUUUAUGAAAAUAUCAAAAACUAUUAUCAUAAAAGUUUGGGGGCGCAGCCUGGUCCACAAGUUCCUUCAUCACACUCCCAGACUAUAACAGAUCCCCAGUCAAUUUACUCAAUUAUGCAAGCUCCUAGAUACCAAAAAAUUUCAUCCAAAGCUUCACCCCAAUCUCCCACAAACUCUAAUAGAAUUCCGACCACAAAUUAUGGUCCAGAACUUGAUGAUAUUAACAGUGAUUAUGUAUGUAUGGCUGGCAAUGUGUCUCAUACUUUAAGCACCAACACACAGUUUCAGACUUCAAGUGCUAGAAGCUAUGAUAGAUCUCCUGCAACUGGAAUAGCAUUGACUCCUACAAAAACUUUUCCACAAAAUGAAGUGAAAAUUCCCAUUCCAGAGCAAAGUGAAAGGAUAUCAAUUUCAGCCCCGAGUCCUACACCAAGUGUUGCCAGCAUCAACAGCGGGAUGGGCAAGCUGAAAAUUAGUGGCAAGAGUUUAUUGCCAUACAGUGUCACACCACCUAAACCAAGAGGUCCCACUGAAGCUCAAAAGAAAAUUGAAGAAAUGACAAGACAGAUUGAGGAAGAAAUGGAGAAACAUGAAGAAGAGGGUGAAUACUUUGGGAUUUGUCACACCUGUGGGGAAAAGGUUUCUGGUGCCGGCCAAGCCUGCCAAGCUAUGGGCAAUUUAUACCACACAAACUGCUUUAUUUGUUGCUCCUGCGGCAGAGCUCUGCGCGGAAAAGCGUUUUACAAUGUGCAUGGUCGCGUAUAUUGUGAAGAAGACUAUCUCUAUUCGGGAUUUCAGCAAACUGCAGAAAAAUGCGCUAUUUGCGGUCAUUUAAUCAUGGAGAUGAUCCUGCAAGCAAUGGGUAAAUCUUAUCAUCCCGGGUGUUUCCGUUGCUGCGUUUGUAAUGAAUGUUUGGAUGGGGUACCCUUUACAGUGGAUGUCGACAAUAAAAUAUAUUGUGUUAAUGAUUAUCACAAAAUGUUUGCUCCUAAGUGUUCUUCUUGUGGAAAGGGUAUUACACCUGUAGAAGGCACAGAGGAAACUGUUCGAGUAGUGUCCAUGGAUAAGGACUUCCAUGUGGAUUGUUAUGUAUGCGAGGAAUGCAAUAUGCAGCUGACAGAUGAGCCUGAUAAACGUUGCUAUCCUCUGGAAGGUCGACUGUUGUGUCGAUCCUGUCAUAUACAACAACUACAGCACAGACCUCAUCAUUUGCAGGCCGCCUCAGCAUCAUACCAUUACAGCAACUAAGAGUGACAUAAUGAUUAAUUCUUUAGCCAGUACGCAUUGCAAUAUGAUGUUCAAGUGCUUAUUGCUUGUAGUAUGUUGAGAAAUCAAUAAUAUUUAAAGGUUAACUGCCAUGUUUCAUUCCAGUGUUUUUUAAAGAGAAUAUAAUGUGUAUUGGACAUGACCACUUUGUUUUCAUUGUCAUUUAGCAUAAUAAAAUGAAGCUAGUCGAGAAAAAAACACCUAUCCAAAAGAGACACUUUUGCAGUGAAUAAAAUGAAAUAAAAUUUGCUAAAUCUAAAAUAUUUGGUGCUGUUUUUUUUUAAAUAUUCAAUUACAUUUAUGUUUUGGGUAUAUUUUUAGAAGCAUUAUAUUAUAUAGUGGCAGAUUGAAGGCACCAAGCUUUCUUACAAAAACUUAAGUUUUUUACAAUAUUAUAGUAUUCAUUAAAAAAUUAGGUUGUUAAAACAGAAAACAAAUAAUUUUUUAAAUUAAAUAUUGUUUAUUGGUUCCUAAAAUCCAAAUAAUAAUGGUUUGUGGUUUACCACAUUGUUAUCCUAGUCUUGUUUUAGCAGUGUUAUCUUGUCUGCUUUUAUCUUUUGGUCAAUAAAAUGAAAUAACU